UGGCACCAUUUUUUCCACGAAGGGGGAAAAGACAUGUCAAGUCUGUAUUUUAUUUCUUUAAAGGUAGCUUGUACGCAACCUCUCUCAAACAGACGGCGGAGAACUGUAGCGAGUGCUUUUUUUGGUUGCUCAUUUCAAGAAAGAAAUGGUUGGCAUGUUCAACUUGAUCAUUGCAAACCGAAAAGCCACUCAAAUUUUUUUGGCAGUUAAUUUUGCAAUCAUCGUGACGUGGUUGGUUGUUUUCAAUCGCCAUCCAACUGAUCAAGAGGUGCGAAAGGAUCAUGUGUCAUCAUCAACCACCGUCGGCAUUGAUGGUCACGACGCUUAUUGGACCAACAACAUGAAAGCGAUCGAAUCGAUGUCAGUCGAAGAGAUGUAUCGAUAUUUGCGUUGGACCAACAGCACUUCCUGCCACAAUGCUGUCGAUUUCGGAUUCAACGUUGGGAAUUUUAACGGCGUGACCGCUAUUGAUGGCCACAGAGCCGUUUGCCUUGAUAAGCACAUCUCGCCCGCUGUAGACGAUUGUUUGGUCUAUUCUUUCGGCAUCAACAACGAGUGGGCGUUCGACGAAGCCAUGGCCAAGUUCGGCUGUCAAGUUUACUCUUUCGAUCCAUCGAUGAACGUCAGGGAACACAAUCGAAGUAAGUUCAUCCAUUUCUUCGAUCUCGGUCUGGAUGGCGAAAAUAGGCUGCAUCCUACGAAAGGAUGGCAAAUGAAAACGGUUUCGUCCGUCUUUGAAAUGCUGGCAAGUCGACACGGAGCCUGGGCACUCAUCGACGUCUUGAAAAUCGACAUUGAAAAUUCCGAAUGGGAUGCCAUCCCGCAAAUGUUGCAUUCCGGUUUUCUUGUCGACAAAGUCAAACAGCUGGCCGCCGAGAUCCAUUUUGAAGCCGACGAUGCCUUGGAAGUUUUACGCCACCGGGUUCAAAUUCUCAGGAAUCUAGAAGGAGAAGGAUUUGUUCGAUUCAGUUCACGGCCUAAUCCGUUUUUUGACGUCCCUUUGCAGGUAUCACGGUACAAGCAUGGUCCUAUCGCACUGGAUUUGGCUUGGUACAACUCCAGGUAUUAUCCAUCGGUCGUUUAACGACAGGCCAUCAUUCUCCUCUGCAUGUAUACAAAUACUGUACUUCUUCUGGCUGUUUUUCCCAGUUUUUCGUUCGUGACACACAGAAUGUUUUUACAAAAAUAUACUUCAAGUAUAAGUACAAGUUUGCUUUCUUUAAAAAAAAUUCUAUUCAAUUAUUUAUCUCUAUUUGUCUACAUUUGUCUACAUUUUUCGGUAUUGCACUAGACGUUUACAGUUAAGAUUUCGUCGCAAAACCAAACACAGGUGAGUCAAGUAGCCAAUGGCAUGAUGGCCUGUGGAUACGACGAUAAAGGACUAAUGAAAGGACGGACAAGGAUUUUAUGACUUGGUAUUCGUCAAACGAAGCUGAUAGAUUCAAAUCUUGAAUCAUUGUAGCCUAGUUAGGUUAAAGUUUUCUUGUGUUGGGAAAAUAUUGAAGUUGAAAUACACAG